AUGGCGCCAUCGUCUCUGGCCUUAAAGCGACGAUGGGACUUUCUGAAGCCCUGGUGUCAAGUGCUGCAGAGGCGAAUCAGCUACGUGUGGCCUUUGCGCGAAGAAGAAGUCUGGGUCAUCCAACGCCGCCGACUGGAAGUGUACCUGCCAACACGACACGACGUCACGGAAUCAUUUUGGGAAGCCCCGCAGUCUCUCUAUUGUAAUGACCAGGAUUUUCAAAGCUGUUUCCAGAAAGUACGCGAAGCUUUAGCCAUACUGGCAGCUGUGGCUCACGUGGACCAAGUAGGCUGGCGAUACCUGCUAGCUGAACACUGUGAUGUGCAUCUCGGAAUCGAGGGACAAGAAGUUUUUGAAGAAGACCUUCCAGCUGAAUUUGUGCUCUAUUUCCUUCAAGACGAGAAAAAAUAUCCCAAGUCUCUCAUAAAUGAUAUCACCAGAUUUUGUGGCGUUCACCAACGCGAACACGCCAGUUCCGCUUAUUUAAAAAGCGCUAAAGCGGAUUGCAGCUUUGGACAAACACUUGACACCGAACAAACCCGGAAUUGA